CCAAUAUAUUCAAUAAAAAUCAUUAAAAAUUUACUAUUAGAAAAAAUUCAAUUUUUCAAAGUUACAAGUGAAUUGGAUAUGAUUCAUAGUUUAAUUUUUAAAUUAAUAAUUUACUUGAUUGAAGAAAAGGAAACUUUAUAAUUAUUUGAAGUAAUCAAAAAAAAAACAAAGGUUUUCAUAAAAGCCAUUAGCGGAGCAGUAAACAUUUUGACUAGAUCAUAUUGCUUUUAGUAUAUUUCAUUAUAAAAUUAAAGCAACGAAGAUAUUGAGUUACAUUUCAACUUAAAAAGAGCAUUCAACAAAGAAAAAUUAAAAAAUAGUGUUAGCAAAAAAUUUUUAAAAAAUUUCACAAUAAAAAUUAUUUUGAACUAUCAAUAUAAAGACACAAUGGAGCACAGUUACUCAAGAGAUUGCCGUCCAAUAGAUGGAGCUAACGGUUUGAAAACUCGUAAUUUAAUGAUACAUCGUCCGCCUCAAUGUCCAUCGUGUCACUUGCAUCCAAAUGAUGAAAAUAAUGAUCUUGACGAAGCAAAUCGUCCCCCAACGCCAACUUACAAUGAAAAGAAUGCCAAAGAACUAAUGACUGAAUGUGCAAGAAUAUCAAGCAGUGUUCAAAACUCAAACCCAGAUAACGUUAAUUGGGAAAAUUGUAUUAAUAUGACACUUUGGACAAAUGAUCAGACCAACUUAUUUAAUAAAGUUGCAAAAAUAUUAGAUAUAGAUUAUUUAGCACGAUUAGCUACUACUGGCAAACAGAACGAAGCAAUUCAAAAACGAUUAAUUGUGGAUAAAUCAGUAAAACGUAUACGAAAAGUAUUUGCUAAAAUUAAUUGGGAGAUGCGCCUUACACAGUGGCUACAUGAAACAUUAAUAAAUAAUUUACCUUCGACAUAUAUGGCCGUGUAUCUGGAUAUUCUACAAACAUUGAAAACAAAACUGCCACAAUUAAUGGAUAAAAUGUUGUUUGGGAAACCAAUGAAUAUUAGUCAAGAUUUGCUGGCACCUGUAAUGAAAAAAAAAUGGGAAAUCCUUUUGGACAAAAAGGAGCGUAAAUUACCUGGAAAUGUUGCCAUUGUUAUCAUUUCUUCUGUACACCCGUCAACAGGAGUAAUUUCGAAUAGAAUGAGAAAUUGGUAUGAGUUGUUUUCUACAAUGGCUCAAGUAGUAAUCGUAAAUACUCCAGCUGGUAGCUCUGUGAAUAAACAACCUUUACAACAAAUAACGGAAUCCCUCAUUCAAGCAGCUAAAACUAAAAUUCAAGAGCUAAGAAACGAGCAGCCAAUGCUGAAUAUUGUUUUACUUGGAUUUAAUGCUGGUGCCGCGGUAGCAAUACAAAUCGCGCACACAGAAAAUGUAAAUUGCGUAGUUUGUGUGGGAUUUGCGUGUAACACGAUUAAUGGAGUUCGUGGUGCCCCAGAUGAUCAUAUUUUGGACAUAAUAAUACCUAUCAUGUUUGUUAUAGGGCAAAAUUCAGCUAGAACAAGCCAAGAAGAAAUUGAAGCUCUAAGGGAAAAAAUGAAAUCAGAAACGUCAUUACUUGUUGUUGGAUCGGCGGAUGAUGUCCUUAGAAUAUCCAAAAGCAAAAAGCAAAUCGAAAAUUUGACGCAGUCUAUGGUCGAUAGUAUGGUUACCGACGAAAUUCACGAGUUUAUAAAGUCUUGCAUUUGUAAACCACCAGGACCACGAACACCGACUUCAUUGAUUGGAAAUUCAUUCCCUCAAAGUGGAAAUACAAAUCAAGGGCGAAAGUCUAAUGCUAAUACUUCGUCAAAUUCCAACUCGAAUCAGAAUAGAAAACGUAAACAAAGUGAAGAUCACUAUAGCGAUGAACAAAUAACACCUAUGAAAAAACAUUAUCACAAAUCGGGACAAGUUGGUCGACCACGCAGUCGGCCAGGAAAUAAUGUAACACCAGUAAAACAACAAUCGCGCCGUCAAUCUCCAGAGCCAACUUCUGCUGAAAAGUUGAACAUGGCAAUUCAUACAAUUUUACAGUCACCUCGAUCCGAUGAAAUUAAAACCAAACCCGAUGAUAAUGACACAUCAACUUCAUUCGAGCAAACUGUAUCUCAAAAUUCAACGUCAAAUUAUUCCAAAUUGCCUAUAACUAGUUCACCACAAGUAACCACAAUAUCUACAUCUGGAACCAAUACUAUAACACAACGUAAUCCGCAACAAAUUCAACCUACAAAGCUGAAAUUUGUACCUUCUAAUCAAUUUGUACAAUUAAAACCACCAAUACAAAGUCAAUCUAAAAUUUAUACUAUUAAAACAACAUCAAUACCAGCGAAUUCAACUACAAAUUCAUCAUCAUUAAUCCCAGUAUCUGGUGCUCGAUCAAAUAUGUCGUCCUCAGCUGGCCAAGUUCAAAUACUUCCAAUUAAGAGCCCAACAUCCGGCCCCUUUUUAAGUAAUUCCACAAACCAAAUAAUUCUAAAUCCGCAAAAAUUCACGAUUUCGAAAGCAACAACUGGAGCUCAGGAAAAAACAGAUAUAUCCAAUAUUUUUGAUAUGCCAAUUCUGUUUGCCGAUAAUGAAGGUAAUCUUCAUGAUUCUACAUCGAAAUUGUCAAAUGCAAGUAAUACAUUAUCUAGCGGUGGUCAAGCAAAAUUACUUACUUUGCCAAGUAAUUUGGUAAUUAAACCUCGAUCUUCAAACACUCAGCAAAAUAAUACUGCUUUAAAAGAUAACGUGAGUGCAAUGAGCUCUUCUCAGCUGUCAUCUGGCACUUUUGUCUUAAACCCUUCAACAAUUAAUAAACCCAAAAUAUCUGGAGGCAGUGGAAAAGUUGUUUUCAUCAAUAGAAAUACUAUGAAACCCUAUCCAAGCAUUAUUUCUAAGCCGGCUGUUUCACCUAUGAAGUAUACAAAAGUUGUGGUUACAAAUCCGCAAACUUCAAGCACAAGUUUAGUCUCACGCGCUUCUGGUAUAUUAGAUUCUUCAAGUUCUUUAUCAUCUAAUAUUACGCAAGGGGCAACAAUUUCAAUAUCUCCAAAACAACAACACCUUCAAGUUAAUAGUACUAAUAAUACUGGUAUAGUGAAACAAAUUCAGCAAACAUCAGGUAUUUUAAAUUGUACUACGACAGCUUCGACAUCGAGUACUACAACAAAUAAACAAUACCAAGUUUUAUUAAAUUUAGGAAGUGAUUCAGGUGGUACAAAAACUACCCAAUCGCCUGUAAAAAAUGUAAUUAAAAUGGAUGCAUCUCAAAUUAAUCAAACAAUCCUUCUUAAAACUGGAAACACUGUGAAGCAGAUGCCUUUAUUAAGAACUCCACCCACUUCUAUAAACAAAAAUUUAUCAAUUAAAAAAGUAAUGAAUUUUAUACCAAGUGGUAGUGGAGUAGGAAACAAUAGUAUAAAAACUGCUGAAAGAAUAACUUCUGGAGAUGACAAUGUUAUUUCGACCAUUACGUUACCUAGAACUGGCCUGGUUGUUCAACCAGUUACAACAACAUCUGUUAAUAAUUUAAUCAUAAAUAAAAACCAAAAAAAGUAUUCAUUCAAUGUUAAUGCAAAUGUAAAAGAUACGAAAUAAAAAUUUCUCUGAAAUA